UCCGCCAGUAACUAUCCUGUGAGCACGGAGAUCGACCAGUUGUAUAGACGUGGCUGUGGGGUCUCUAUAACGCACGUUUUUGUUGCGAACGCGGUGCCCCAUUACACAGCUUGCUGACUCGUCCUGUUAUAGCCGAAAAGAACGACUGAUAGCCAGUUAGCCUCUGAGAUAGCGUUCGAUCAUUUCGUUCUGUUGUACCGUAUGUCAAGAGGAGAAGACAUCUCCUGCUCAGCGUAUAUGCGCAUUCUAUAGUAACAACGACUACAGCAGUACUCGGGCAAUGUCCGUGUUGAGACAUCGCUAAGCAGGUCGUCCUGAAGUCUUUCAAACGAACGGGUAGCUUUGACUGGAUAUUUGCUCUGACGGCCGUCGGUCACCUGGUCUGUGCUGCUACUGGAAAGUAAGAUGAAACCUACUCUGUACUUCAUUUUUUGUGUGGCCACAGCGGUUGCAACCGACAUCACAGUAUACACUACCGGUGGUCGGAUUCGUGGCGCCGUUGAACGGACACGGGGCAUACCCGUCGCCCGCUUCCUCGGCAUUCCGUACGCAAAACCUCCGUUAGCUUCACUUCGGUAUCGAUCGCCGGAACCAGCUUCGUCAUGGCAAGGAGUUCUAGAAACUAAAGAGUUUCGUGCUGCAUGUGCUCAAGCCAACGGAUCCUUUCCGCCAGACUCUCCCUGGCUUGUAGACAAGAGAAUCGUGAGUGAAGAUUGCUUGUUUCUGAACAUCUGGGCCCCACAGACGCGCACCAAGAGGAAGUCAAUUGUGAUAUUUAUCCACGGCGGUGGCUUCCGUACUGGUACGCCAUCGACGGAGCUGUACGACGGAAAGUUGUUGGCAGCUGUCGGAGGCAUUAUGGUAGUAAGCGUGGCGUAUCGUCUUGGCAGUUUGGGUUUUCUCUACACCGGAGAGGACAGUUCGCCCGGAAAUUACGGUCUGUUGGAUCAGGAGCUAGCUAUUCGCUGGAUAUGGGACAAUGCAGAAGUUUUUGGAGGCGACAGGGCUUCAAUAACGCUCUAUGGCGAAAGCACAGGCGCAAGCAGCACAUGUCUUCAUCUCCUGGCGAUUCGAAAUGCAGGAAUUGUGCGUCGUGCCAUAAUGGCGAGCCCGAGCCCUUACGGGCUACAUCCGCAGAACGCAAUUGGUCGUGAGUUGGCGACAAGGCUGGCGGAAGCCGUCGGAUGCGAGGUGAAUGGAGACGAGUGGAUCAAGGUCGUGUCUUGCCUACGGUCAGUUCCAAUUGAAGCCAUACUACAAGCAGAAGACACACAAUACCCUGACAUGCUCCUCACUUUCACGCCGUCGUUCGGCCACGGCUACGUACCGCGGCCAUUUCAGGAAACACUUCGAGACCCGCAUCUCAUCCCUAUUGAUGCCUUAUUGAUCGGCGUAAAUGCACAGGAAGGAAGCAUAUUCCUCUACACCGAAGACCCGGAACGUUUCAACAUGAACAGUGAACCUGAAGGACUGACCUACUCUGAGGUGCUAGCGUUUAUGACUCGUCACUUCUAUCCUGGCUUACCAGAAGCUUUGCAAAACGCCACUACCCGCGAUUUUGAGGCAAACGUCCAGCAGGGAGAAGGAAUACUUCAGUCGCUGACAAACGCUUUAGGCGACCUUCUAAUUACGUGUCAAACAGAAUUUUUUGCUGAAGCAUAUGCGAAGCAAAACUACAAGGUCUACUACUAUGUAUUCGAUCAUCGGUCAGUGAAAAGUCGCUUUCCUGUGUGGAUGGGCGCAGCGCACUUUACCGAGCUCGAGUACACCUUCGGUAUGCCGUUUCGGUUUCCAGAGCGCUACACAGACCUGGAUCGGGAGCAGAGUAUGCUAAUGAUGAAACAUUUCACGCACUUCAUCAACACAGGAAGGCCAACCUCACCAGAUGGCACCGAAUGGCCCACUUACACCAAGGAAGACCCUCAUCAUGUAAGACUUCAUGCUAGCAACACCAGCGUCGGUACUGCGUUCCAUGAAAACGGGUGUCGUCUUUUCCGCGAAGCUUACGUUUCAGUCGGCCUCAUAAAACCAUGAGAAGCACAGACGAGCGAAAGUCGUGAAAUAAAAUUUACUUGUGUGUCA